AUGAAAGAGGACGGGCCUACUAGCACCUCAGGGACUCAGACCACGGACCCGGGAGCGCCGCCAAAGGAGUUUAUUGUAACAGCUCCCCUUGUUGACAGCGCAACGACGUCGCCAACGUUUCUCAACCCGGGAAAGACCCCGCCACGGAAAGUGCUGCGUCUCAAAUGCGCGAAAUGUAACGAAUAUCCCGAAGGAUUCCGUAGCGAACAUGAGCUGCGCCGACACACGAAUCGCGUGCACAGGAAGAUGCGUAAGGUCUGGAUUACCAUCGACACCUCGCCCGAUAAGAGUUUCCUUGCCAAUUGCAAGGCUUGUCAGACGGGAAAGAGGUAUAACGAAUGCUAUAACGCUGCCAGCCAUUUGAGAAGAAUGCAUUUCCACCCGCACAAGAGGGGUGAGAGAAAGAUGAGUGCUGCCGAGGCUCGAAGAGGCGGGAAGCCCGGAGAUCUAGAUCCGCCCAUGGACGUGUUGAAAGCGAAUUGGCUACGGGAGGUCGAAGAGGUCGUUGGUGAGGCGGAGGACUCACCUGAAGAGGGCGAGCCCGCGGACACGUCGUCGACCCAGCUGCAGCCUGCCGUGACCCAAGCUGAUGGAAAAGCACCGCCGACGCCGACCACUCCGUCGACGCGAACCAUGGCAAUCGACAGCAUCGUAGAUAAAGUCGACGCGUCGUAA